UGUGUUUAUCUCAUGAAAGAAAAAUGAUGUUCAUUGAUGUUGUGCAUAUUUGGACUGGAUCGAAAUGGUGUUGGAUUGGACCGUCCCCUACUAGGAAAGUGCCAAAAUACCCUUACUGUUUCCUGAGAAGGACAAAUGUAUCCAACGGUUGAGCGGCUCCUGUCUGAAAUCGUCAGCCCGCCAAGACCUGCCAUGAGACGGAGAAGACCAGAAGAAAUGGGGGAGAAGAAGGAACCCGGAGAACCGAGUCUGCUGUCCUCCAUCGAGGACAUCCAGAGACGUCUGGUUCGGCCUUCACAGGAUUCUUCCUUCAGACGAAGCGAUGAUCGGAAAAACUGCGAGAGUUUGCCGAUUACGCAAGAUUCCCGUUAUGUAAGAAACGAAUUUGCUGAUCGAAAGGCUGAGGAUCCGAAAUGCUUGGAGAAGCUCGCAGAGGUUUACACAAAUUCUGGCGAUCAGAUCGCCGAACUCAAAUCCCUCGAUAAUCCGAGACGGUUACUCAAAUCCGGGGCGGUUGACGACCUCAACGUCGACGAUUCAGCUCUGUUGAUUGCCGAUUUCGUGGAUGAAUCCUUCAAGGAACAUCAACUCUUUUUGGAUUCCGAGAGCGUUCCCUGGAAGUCCGCCGAUCUGAUCUCCGGUUCCAAGCCACAAGAAGAUCCCGACAAGCGGACGACACCGACGAUCGCUCUUAAUGAUGGAUCUCUAGACUCUGAUCUCAAAAGCUGCCAGGAUGUGAAGAGAAUUGAGAGCUCAAAGGCGAAGUUCGGAGAGUUUAGCGACCUCACACCCGAUUCAGAACUCGAUCCUCACGAGGAACCGAAACUUUUAGAGCCGCUGCUGAAUUCCACUGAUUCCAUCGCCGAUCUCAAAAUUAAGAAGCUUCUGAAAAAGUCGGAGAAGACGCCAAUGAUACUUGAACAAGUAGUCGACCCAGGGUCCUGCCAAACUGUAAAACAUAAAAACAUCGGCGAUUUCGUCUCCGAUACGGACACUCUAGUGGAAGAGGGAAAACCUGAAAAGCCGAGGGCGAGACGAGGAGAGGAGGAGCACGCGAGGCUUGAAGAUUACUUGCACCCUUCCCUUCUCUCUGCGGCCGCUUCCAAGAUAAGGAAGAAGAUGAAGAAGGCGAUAUUCGAGUGGCCGACGGAGGAACUCCGGACACUGGCGGAUUCCGGAGCCCGAGCUGGGGACGGUGGAGAUAUGCUCGCCGGAUUCGACUCCUCUGCGUUUCGCCGCUUCGAUGACGUGGUGCUCAAGCGCUUCCACGCGUGAGACCCCUUGCAUUUCUGACGCUUCGAUGACUUGGCGCUCAAGCUCUUCCACGCGUGAGACCUCUCUCUCCCCCCCCCCCCCUCUGUGUCGGUGCUGUGUGUGUGCGUGUGUGGGGGCACCACCGCACCAGGCUGAAGAAGGUGGAUCGCAUCUUUCAUCAGAUUUGACCCGUACUUUUAAAUGCCUCAGAACCUCGCAUGGACACGGAUACAAGAAGCUAUCCAGACAUUGAAAGGACAAGUUUCAUAAAACUUUCGUUAUUUUUCAGUUCAAGCAACGCCAAGAGCUCAAUCAGUCUUUGUUGGUCUUAGAGUGGUUGAAAGAUUUUUAAAAGAUUAAAUGAGGACUAUACCAUCAAUAUAUAAGUGCCUUUUUAUAAUUUUUUUUCACAAAUUAAUUAUUUUCGUGGGGAAUUUUAAAAUUAAUAAGGUAAUAGUCAUCUCCAAUAAAUUUCUUCUUCCAGAUCUGAGUCCAGAAUCAGGUACUCAAAGUUAAUGCUAUAAUAAUAAUAAUAAUAAUAAUAAUAAUAAUAAUAAGAUGCACAAGCAAUUGAUGCUGAAGAAGGGGCUGGGUCCGACCGCACUCUGACUAUAGUAACAUGCAGACC